AUGACUGGAGUUGUACUUCUUAUGAUAUGGUGUAUGUGUUGGUCAUUCUCAGGCCCUGAAGUUCUCCCUGGUGGAAAUUUAUUUGGACUGUUAAUUAUCUUUUUUAGUGCCAUUAUUGGGGGAAAACUUUUGGAACUCAUUAGAAUACCUUCAGUGCCUCAGCUUCCACCUCUUCUUGGGAUGUUACUGGCUGGUUUUACCAUCAGGAAUGUUCCAUAUCUCAGUGAACGCAUCCGUGUUAGUAACACAUGGUCUUUAACUUUAAGAAAUACUGCCCUUACCAUUAUCCUAAUACAAGCUGGGCUUGGACUGGAUUCACAGGCUUUGAAGCAUUUAAAGGGAGUUUGUUUAAGAUUGGCUAUGGGUCCAUGCCUCAUGGAGGCAUGUGCAACUGCUGUUAUUUCCCACUUCCUUUUGAAUUUUCCCUGGCAAUGGGGAUUUCUAUUAGGUUUUGUAAUAGGUGCCGUCUCUCCAGCUGUUGUUAUCCCUUCCAUGCUACUUUUGCAAGAAAAUGGAUAUGGUAUUGAGAAAGGCAUUCCAACGUUGCUAAUAGCUGCUAGCAGUUUGGACGACAUCCUGGCUAUCACUGGAUUCAAUACAUGCUUCAGCAUAGUCUUCUCCUCAGGUAGUAUACUUAAUAAUGUCCUAGCCUCUUGUAGGGACAUACUUGUUGGUAUACUGAUAGGAGCUGUUUUGGGAAUUUUUGUUCGAUAUUUCCCAAGUGAAGAUCAGACAAGACUUCCAUUAAAGAGAGCAUUCCUUGUUGUGAGUAUGGGUGUCUCUGCCGUCUUAGGCAGCCAUCAGAUCGGUUUACAUGGAGCUGGAGAAUUAUGCAUACUAGUGUUGACUUUUGUUGCAGGAAUGAAUUGGUCCAAAGAAAAGAUCAGAGUCCAAAUCAUUAUUAAAGCUGUAUGGGAUAUUUUUCAACCCCUUCUUUUUGGUUUGGUUGGAUCGGAAGUAUCUGUUGCAGCUCUUAAAUCAAAUGUUAUUGGCAUUUGUGUUGCUACCAUCAGUUUGGCAUUAUUGGUUCGAAUUUCUUUUACAUUUACAUUGAUGUGUUUUGCUGGUUUUAAUUUGAAGGAGAAAAUGUUUAUUGCUUUAUCAUGGAUACCCAAAGCUACAGUCCAGGCUGUGUUAGGUCCUCUGGCUCUAGAAACAGCAAGAAUCAGUGCACCCCACUUGGAACCAUAUUCAAAGGAUGUGAUGACGGUAGCAUUUUUAGCCAUCUUGCUCACAGCUCCAAAUGGAGCUCUAAUUAUUGGCAUACUGGGGCCCAAAGUACUUACAUGCCAUGAUCCAAGCAAAAUAAAAGUGGAAUUGACAAAUUUAGAAGUUCAUUAA